AUGGCCAUUCUCCUGCAAUACCUCAAGAUGUUCGCACCUUGUCGCAGUGUAAACAGGUUGAUGUUCUUCGGCGCAUGGGCAACAAUAAUAGCGACCUUCGUCGCAUAUGUCUUCUUCAUGUUCUGGACGCUGUUCUACUGCGCGCCGCGGAAAAUGAUCUGGUUCAAGCUCACCCCCGGCGGGAAGUGCCACGACGUCAACAACAUUAUUCUUUCCCAGGGCGCUUUCAACAUGAUCUCCGACAUCGUCAUUCUCCUUCUACCCUCCGCAUCUUUGUGGCGACUGAACGUGCCUUUGUCGAAGAAGAUCUUCGUCACUCUCAUGUUUGCGACCGGUCUACUGUAUGUAUACACCUUGUUACUCAUGGGCAACACUGACUGUGUGAACAGAGCAUGCGUUGCAUCUGCCAUGCGCAUCGUCUUCACCGUGGAAAUUGCACCAGUCAUUGCCAAGGCAGACGUCUCCCACAAUGGCCUCUUCAUUGGCCUCUGGACCGAAGCCGAAGCCUCACUUGGCUUCAUCAUAGCUUGUGCCCUAUGCCUACCAAAGCUGAUACAGGCAAAAGGAAAGAAAGUACGCAUGGCUCUCACUUACGCCUCGGGACCAUGGUCGUCAAAACUCAGGAAGAGCGACUCGUGGAAUGGACAAAAGAGUACCCAGGUGGACUCAAGAUCUUCGAAGCAAGAGGAACUUGGUCGGCCAAUGUACUACGAGGAGCGGGAGGAGGUCAAACGGCUCACACAGGCUAAGCUACAGCCUCAAAAGCACCAACAUGACCUGUACGUCAUACCUAGUACAGCAGGGAGCAGUGUAUAUGCACCCAGCAUCUAUUCAGCAAGUCAGUACUCGCUGGGCACCAAGUCGAAGCGUUGGAGUCAGGAUGUGGAAAGCAUAGACAUCGACUUGGGAGUACAUGACCGUGCUAAUGGAUCGCGAGCCAUUGAGUCGCGAAGUAUGAUACGCCUAUAG